UUUACACUACGCGUCUCUUCUCAACUCUGCGAUUUAGCCAGCUGACGUAAAUGUGCGUUCGUUUGAGUUUUUUCAGAAAGCAGUUGCGGCACAACCAACACCGUAACUGAUUCCCUUCUGUGUGAACCUCUUUCUAAGUCUCUAAGGAUAUAUUUUCAUAAUGUAUCUGGCCUAAGAACUAAAUCUAGAACAGUUUUUAAUAUGAGUGCUCACCUGGACUAUGACGUAUUCGUUCUUAUUGAAACAUGGUUGAAUGCUGAUUUUUGUGAAAAUGAAUUUUUCGACCCCAAUCUAUUUAAUGUAUACCGGAAAGAUCGUGAUUUUAUUAAAAUUGGAUUGUCAAGGGGCGGUGGUGUUUUAAUCGCUGUUCAGCGUCGGUUUCGCUCAUCACUCGUGCAUUUAGAAAAUGUGGAUUCACUUCUGGACCAACUUUGCGUUGUGGUACAAGGUCACACGAAUAUAUAUAUCUGUGCGUCCUACAUUCCACCGUCCAGUGUUGAUAGUCUAUACAAAGCGCAUGUUGACAACAUAACGGCUCUCGUCUGCAAACAUUCUGGUAGCAACUUUUGUGUUCUUGGAGACUUCAACUUGCCUAGUAUAGAAUGGUCAUAUGUAGAUAGUAACUAUGCCCUAAUUCCAAAAAACAUUAAUAGCUUUUCGGAAUCCUACUUAGUUGAUUGUUUUUUAAGUUUAGGUUUUAUUCAAAUCAACAGUUUCUUAAACAAGUUUUUUAGAAUUCUGGAUCUUGUAUUCAUAAGUGAUAACAUGCAUUUCACACUUCAUGAAUGUCUUGAUCCUUUAUCAAGUUCUUGUAAUCAUCACAUACCGCUCAUUAUUGGUCUAGAAUUUUACAGUUUUAAAAGUCUUCAUGUUAGUAAUCAAAUUAAUAGUUUUUGCUUUAAACGUUGUAAUUUUAAUAUUGUGGAUAACGAAAUUUCUCUAUUAGAUUGGGAUUCCCUUUUUACUGGAAUUAAUAUUUCUUCAUGCUUUGAUACAUUUAAAACAAAGAUGUAUGAAAUAUUCUGCGAAAACGUACCACGUGUUAGCAAGAAGUGCUAUAGGGUUCCUUGGUAUACGAGAAAAUUAAAAAGGCUAAAGAAUUUGAGGAACAAGUUUUUAAGAAAAUUUAAAUUAACAAGUGCCCAAGCGUAUAGGGGUAAAUAUUUGCGCUAUUCCAAGAAGUUUAAACAGUUGAGUAAAAUUCUCCAGCGAAAUUAUAUUCGCAAAUUUGAGUCUGAUAUUAAGUCUAAUCCAAAAGCUUUCUGGCGUUACGUUAAGUCCAAAAAGUCCUGCUCUAAUAUUCCCUCUGAUUGAGGAUGUUUGGGAUGGAAUUCAGGGCCUUAAAAGCUCUUCGCUUGCGGAUAUUGAUGGUUUCUCAUCCUAUCUCUUCAAGAAUUGUCCUGCCCUUACAUAUCCUCUUUUGCUAAUUUUCAAUAAAUCGUUAGAAUCGGGGGAGUUUAUUGAUGCGUGGAAAGUUACGUCCAUCACACCUUUAUUCAAGGCUGGUAAUAAAAAAGAUGUUGCUAAUUAUAGGCCUAUUUCCAAACUUUCUACGACAUCGAAGCUAUUUGAAUAUAUUAUCAAACAAAAGUUGUAUUUUGCCGUAAAGCGUCGCAUAUCUAAUAACCAGCAUGGUUUCAUGGCUGGCAGGUCAACCAUCACUAAUCUUGCUGUAUUCACAGAAUUUUGUAUGUCUGCUUUCAAUGACAGAUUCCAAGUCGAUACAAUCUAUACCGACUUUUCCAAGGCUUUUGACAAAGUCAACCAUUCAAUUCUAAUCUCCAAAUUGCGCAGUUUUGGGUUUCAUUCCAUUUUUUUAAAAUGGAUAAAGUCGUUCCUUUCAUGUCGUAAAUGUGUAGUUGUUGUUGAUAAUGUUUCUUCCCAACCUUUUGUUGCCUCUUCUGGUGUCCCUCAGGGCAGUAUUCUGGGUCCAUUACUCUUCAUCAUUUUUAUUAAUGAUAUAUCUGAUUGUUUUAAAUUUUCUGAAUUUAUUUUAUAUGCAGACGAUUUAAAAAUUUUUAAAACAAUUUCAAGUCGAUCUGAUUCAGCUAAGCUCCAGUCAGAUCUCAAUAACGUUGUGGCAUGGUGUGAUAAAAAUCACCUUCAGCUAAAUAUUCGGAAGUGUUCUCACAUAACGUUUUCUAAGUCUAGGCAGUUUUUGGCUACUUCAUACUUAAUUAAGGAAUCACGUCUCACCACUUUGGAUGAAGUUUCUGAUCUGGGAGUAAUUUUUGAUUAAAAUUUCCUAUUUCUGAGUCAUUUAAAUUAUAUAAUUUCUAAGUCAUAUUCAACACUUGCCUUUAUUCGGCGCUUUGGUUCAGA